AUGGACCAAAAGUACGUAGGUCGCGAACCAUCACGUGAGUGCCAGCCGUCACGCAGUGAAUGUUUGCAAAGCAGACCAGAAACACAGGGGCAAGAAGAAAUCACGCUAGACGAGAAGACAGACAUAUGCGACGUCCGUCGUGAGGUGAUCCGUCUCUCAGACCUGACACAGCACUUCCAUCGUGCGUUUUCAACAGUCACUUCCGCGACACCAUUCAUCUCCAUGGCUGAGGUGGCGGGCGUUUUCAGCUCCAACAACCCCGGAGUCAAGAAGUACACGUACGAGGAGUCGCUGGUGCGUCGGUUCAUUAGUUACGGCGUUGGCGUCGGCCUUGUCACCACCGAAUCUAUCCCUGCUGGCAGCGUGGUGUUUGCGGAAGAUGUGGCUUGGGCCACGGAGGAGGAGUCUUCAGAGUGCCAGACGCAAAGGGAGGCGAAUGCUAUGCUUGGGGCGAAGGUGAGGGCCAUGGGGGGUGAGUGGCUGAGGAAGUUCCUUGCUCUACCGAGCUCGCUAAAGCAGGAUUUGGGGGUGUUUGCGGGGAUUUGGGAUUUGUAUCAGUUGCCGAUUGUCAUGAAUGGGGUGAAGACUGGGAUUGUGGGGUUGAAUCUCGCGUCGGUUAAUCAUGCUUGUGUGCCGAAUUGCGCGUUGACGAUCAUCAAUAAGUACCCGAAGGAUGAGGAUGGAAAUACUAAUAUGAGUCAGAGUCCGAUGAUUGGGAGGGCUGUUGUGCGCGCUCUCAAGAAUAUCCAGAAGGAUGAGGAGAUCACUGUCGCGUACUUCUAUGGAAAGGGACAACAGAAGGCGCGGGAGUUGUUCUCGUGGACUGAGUUCGGCUUCUUCUGCUCGUGCAAAGAUUGUGUGCAACCCAAGGAUGUGAUCGAGAUUGCCAUGGAUAAGUAUUGGAAGGUUGAGCGCAUCUUGAACCACCCCGACACUGUCAACUUGUAUCCUGCGAUGGCUUUCAAGGCCGCACAUGAAGUGAUCGGCAGGCUUCUUACGUGCCAGAUCCGCGAUGCUCGCGUUGCGAUGAUUUGGGCCAAAUGUGCCAUGAUCGCUGGCUACCACUCCGAUACUGCGCGCGCGAUGUGUUUCCUCGCCAAGGCAUACCGAAUUUUGGCUAUCCUCGAGGGGAGUACGGGGGUCAUCUAUCGACAGAUCCUCAUAUGGUACGAAACACCCAUGGUGAUGCCAGGGUUUGGAGCUACCACGCGAGGGCUUUCCACCGCUACUGAAGGCCGAUCCAUGCUCGAUGAACGCGACGUCAAGGAGAAGCUGUUCAUGACGGCAGCAAAAUCGGACGAGUACAUUCGCAUACACCGAUACCACCGCUUGUCUGACGCCAUGGCCAAACAGAAAGGCAGUAGGUACCUGCUUUUACCCGAAAGUCCCACCAAGCCGAAGGUGACACAGAAAUUGCUUGAACCAGGUGUCUCGAAAUCAGCGCACUCCCCAAAGCACAGACAUGGGCCGAGUGCGCCGGAGAGGGUUCACCGGAGCGGCAGUGGCACAUUCAAUCUGAGACGGGAUAAGGAUGGACACAGCGAAAAUACUUCAAAGGGGAAGCUUCAAGUUUCCAAGAGCCAUAGUCAAGCAUCUACCCAGGAAUCGUCGUCAGGCGAAGUCUGCACUGAUCCGCACUGGGAUAUGCUGGAUCUUGUACGAGAGCUCAUGGCUGAUAAUCCCGAUCUAUUCCCGGAUUAUCAUUCCCCUGCUAUUUCCGAGGUCUCCAAGAAGAAAAGAAAGAAGAAGAAGAAGAGCAAGAAGGGGAAGGACUCGGCUGAAUUGGGGGGGAAUACUCAGCAGGAACAGGGUAACCCAAUAGUGAAGGAGCUCGAGGCGGAAAAGAAGGUGGUGAUGGUUAAAAAAGCCGGCGUCCGCAGUCCUGAGGAGGCUCUAGAUUCCAAAUAA